CUCGCUAGAUAUGACGUAAUGGCAGAUGGGCGGGGAAUAUGAUGACUUCAAGUGCGGACGCAAAUAGCGGAUUUUGGAGUAUCCGAUAACAAGGCAUUAGAUUAGAUUAAAAGAAGAGACAUGAGUGCCUCAAGCACGAUGCAAAAAGGCUUUAUUUUUCUACUGAUUAUUUGGAAUUCAUCCUUUUUUGCCUCAGGAAAGACAGCCGAAAAUCACCUUCAAUUGUCACUGGGGUGUGAAGCUGUGAUACCAUGUCAACAUAACAAAAGUGGCUCCGUCUCUUUCAAAUGGCUUUACGAGAAAGAUGGACGUAGUAACAAAAUCCAGAUAUUUUUUGAAGACAAGACAGGAGUACAACACCUUCAGCAGGUCCUCCGUCCCAGAAUGAAGGUUCUGCGUGAUGGUUCCUUGGUCAUUGAUAACUUCACAGAGGAGGAUGAAGGCCUGUACUGGUGUGAAAAUUGUAUUAAAGACAAUUGUUGGAAUAAAUAUACCAGAGUCACCAGUGUGAAGAAAGGAAUUCUGAAAGAAACUAAUAAGACAUUCUAUGUAACUGCGGGCAGCAAUUUUAUUCAUGCAUGUCCAGGUGAAUUGACUAACUUAAAAUGGACUUUUGAAGUCAGUAACAUGACUGCACUUAGGGAAUCACACUUUGUGACUUCCAACAAGUCUAUACACAUUUUAAAUGUGAAAAGAGCAGAUGCUGGGAAAUAUAUCUGCUGGACAAGUGGAUGUAAUGGACACGUGCAGAAGCUACUUACUAUCAACUUGUGUGUUAUUACAGUACAUCACAGAGAGGAUUCAUCUGUUUCUUGUGCUGUGGUGUGUGACAUGGAAUUCAGUAAAAUCAAUCCAAACAGCACAUCGAAUGUGACAGACACAAGGACAGGACUUGUAGAUGCAUAUGGGGAUUUAAAUUGCAGUAGAAAGCAGACGUUUGAUGGAUACAGUACAGUUAACAGCACUCUUGGACCAUCAAAUGCUUAUAAUAAAACAGAUAUACCUCCAGAGCCUGAAUAUCUGAUUCCAGUUAUUUAUGGAACAUCAGCAACCCUUACAUGUCUUAUUUUAAUAGCACUUUUAAUUUGCUAUCUCAGACCAAGAUUGUGGGCAGCGUUUCCUAUAUACGUUUCUUGCUGUGGCUUGAAUGGCAGGGUGGAAGAGGAGACUUCAGUGAUUUAUUCAUCAAUUGUCAUCAGGAGACCUGCUAAAAUAACAAACAAUCAUAUGACUUACAGUGAAUGUGUGUAUAGUGAAAUAAAUGUAUAAAGAAAAAGGUCCAUAAACAUGGUCCAUAAAUGCCACAGAUGUAAUGAGUUCCCACCUUCACUGUCACAUGAUUAAGUAAAUGAUUCCUCAAAAAAUGGGCUUCAUGACGAAAACAUGUAUGUGACUUCACCCACGCAUGUUCUGAAGGGAAAUUUUUAAGCAAUGGACGUUUUGGAAUGGAAGUUUCCUUACUGAGUGAAGUGACCCACGAAUAAGAGCUGACUCAAUUCGUUCCACAAUAAAAAUUACUAUUAGUUUCUUUUCUUUUUUAUUUCUUUUUUUUUUUUUUUUUUUUUUACCUUUUUUCAAACACAGGGACAUCCUUUCUGAAUAAUAAUUCAGGUGUUCCCAACCAAAAUAUUUAUAUUGGUCCAGAAUUUUAAUGAGAAACGUUGGUUUGAUACUAAUUUAUUAAAGAGGUUUGUGUAAAAAUG